GUCACCGACGGCUAUGACGUGACGGAGACGGAUCUCCGAGUAGAUGAGUUUGAAGUGAAGGAGCUACAGACAAGGCUCGAACGAGAGUGGAACGAGGGCACCGUUGCGACCUCGUACACUCUCGAUGGCUGCACAAGCACGAGCAAGAGAGCGCCCAACCAGAAGAUUUUCUGCGUUGCCCCUGCUGUUACCGACGGCUAUGACGUGACUGAGACAGAUCUCAGAGAGCACGUGUUCCAAGUUACGGCCAGAUGUUCUGCAGGAUACUCUGGCACCUUGGAUGCGAGAGCACCGCAAAGGUGUAUCGAUGCACGGGAUCCACAGAGGAGGACGGAGUGGUCUGCAAAUUGUCUGCAUCGCCUAGCUGAUGCUUUGCUCACAGCACCUGCGAAGGUAGACACUGAGUGCUUCAGCGCAGUGUCUGCAUCGGACACGCUGACCAGAGCACUACAGCAAUCGCGUAACACCACGGACCUGACGGCAACGACGCUUCACACAUGUGCAUGCAAAACCUUAAGAAAGCCCGAUUCUGCAGCAGGCCCCAUGCUGGCAGUCUCGAAACCUCGGCCAGUCAAGCAGCGGGUCCUAAAGCGCCAGCCACCUGGCCGAUGCGGUCAGUCACUACUCGCAGUGGCACGGAAUUGUCGGGAAUGCGGGGAACGGCUGACAGCACUUGAAGGGGCCUUGCACCUGUGCCCGGCUAUCUUCGAAUGGACAUUCCCAGCUGAAACCCUGGGCAGCGCACCAAGUGCAGAGGGUCCCUGCCGGUUAGUCCGGUUGGGUGCAAAUGCUCGGAAGGGUGCUGCAGACGCAAAGCUCGUGGAGCUUUGGGAAAACAUCCGCAAAACACAGCUCUCACACAUCUUGGAAUUGCCGUCAACAGAGCAAUUGGCAAGCCAGAGUGCUUGUAUCUUGCUCGCUUUGCGUGGUAAGGAUGUUCUUGCACUGCUGAGUGCAGAGCGCAUCACUGCAGACAAGCUCGGUCCACCUUCCAUAGCCUCAAGAACAACGCAAACACAACAGAUGUUGCAAUCUCAGAAGACUGGGCCUCUUCUUGGUGUGGCGGUGCUCUGGACGCGACGCCGCGAGCGGCGACGUGGCCUUGCAGUCGCGCUGGUGGACCGUGCGCGCAAGCUGCUCGCUCCCGGCAGCCGGGUUGCUUUUUCUCAACCGACCGAGCUUGGACAAGCCUUUGCCCAGCAAUAUGUGCAGAGGAUGAGUGACCAGGAAGAGAGCAGCGUCUUGGUCUAUGUGCCUGACUUCCCAGCUUGA